GCAGUGCCCAAGGCAUAAAAGGGAAAGGCCCAAGGCGCAGAGACAGAAGUCCUCAGGUUCAGCCUCCAGACUCUCUGGCCUCCUCUCCUGGUGCAACCAUGUCCCUUCUCCUACUGUGCCUGUUCUUGAUGCCCAGCCUGGCACUGCCUAUGCCCACGCCCCCCCAGCUGCGUCAAGAGCCGGCGCUGCAAGAUGAAGUCAACAUCCUCUUCCACGGUGUCCUGCAGUUUGGCCAGGCCCUGAGCCGCAUUUAUAAAGCCACCGAGGCAAAGCUCGACGAGGCCAGCCGCAGUCUGGGGUUUUACGAGCAGACCGUGGUCACACUGCAGCAAGAUCUGGGCAGUGCCCGGGCACGGACUCAAGAGCUGGAGAGGAGUCUAGGGGAGAUCCAGGCAGAAGAGGAGAGCUUGGGGCUUGAGACUCAAGGAGCUGGGAUCGCCCUCAGCCAAGUGAUGGAGGGACACCAGGCUCUUUGGCAGAGAGUGGAGAAGCUCCAUGGGGCCCUGGCUACUCUGGGGUCCAGACACACCCCAAAAGAGCUUGAAGAGCUAAAGGCUCAGAGCCUUGGCGCUCCCAUCCUGAGCGAGCUGAAGAGGAAGAAUGAACCAAAGGAAGAUGGCCCCCGGCACAAGGGCCUCAGCAGGGGAGAAGAUGGGUCGUUCCCAUCCUUGCUGACUCAACGUCUGGAGAACGUGCUCUGCGGUCAGAGGACCGGAUUAAAGGCCGGCUGUCACUUACUAGCCGUAAGACCUUGGUCAAGUCACCACAGCCCAGGACCUCUGAUGCAGAAUGAGGCGAGUGGGCUGGAAGGCUCCUGAGAGCUGAUCACGACCCUGUGAAGUUCAUGCCUCUCCCCAAGGGACCUCCAUGGCUCUGUCUCAGAGCUCAGGUGGCCAAGGGAGGCUGGCCGAGAGACGGUGCAGGGAAGCUGGCCAGAGGAGAGGGAGCCAAGGGGCCAGAGCCCUCAGGGGGGCUGCAAAGCUGACAUUAAACCGCUGUUUUGGACUGUA